AUGAAUAACAGGUGUCAUUGUUCAGUCAGCAGUGACAGGCUUUCAAAUCCUAUCCUCUACAACAUCCUGAGCCAAAUGGAUAGCAGCAAACCAGGUCAAAACAACUUCAACUACAAUCCAGUGCCUCAUAGAUGCAACUGUGAGCUGCGACGGACGGUUUGCUUGAAAAAGCCAUCUGAAAUUUGUAAAGAAGCUUCAGCAGUUCUGGUUAAAACUGUCCAAUUCAUGAAGAACUUACCUGCUUUUAAACAACUUCCACCCACUGACCAGUUCUCCCUGCUCAAAAGCUGUUGGGCGCCGCUCUUCAUUUUGGGUCUGGCUCAAGAGCAUGUGGACUUUGAGGUGAUGGACACCCCCGCUGACAGCAUGCUGAAAAAGAUUCUCCUGAACCGUCAGGACAGCCCUGAUAUGGAAAGGGAGCAGCCGACCAUGGCCGGAGUCAGCAAACUCAAGUCCUGCUUAAAAAGGUUUUGGAGUUUGGAUUUGAGUCCAAAGGAAUAUGCAUACCUCAAAGGGACUACCAUAUUUAAUCCAGAUGUCCAAGAUUUAAAGGCGGGUCUGUUUGUUGAAGGGUUGCAACAGGAAGCUCAGCACGCCCUGAGCGAGGUGGUCCAGCUGCUUCAUCCAGGGGACCAGGAGCGCUUUGCUCAGAUCCUCCUCACAGCCUCCAUGCUGCAGAGCAUCACACCCAGCCUCAUCACUGAACUGUUUUUCCGGCCUGUGAUUGGCCCGGCUGAUCUUCUAGAGCUGAUGGUGGACAUGCUCUUCUGCAGGUAG